CUAAGCGAUUGAUACGAAACAUGCGAAAAAGCAGGUCGCGAACGGAAGAACACUUUGCCUAACCACACAUGAUAUGCAAAACAACACGAUCCGAUAUCGUAACGGCACUCGGCCGUGCCGGUCCCCGACACCUAUGGGUAGCGAUACCUUGCCUAACCACAUAAUUUGCAAAACGAAACGAUACCACAUGAAGGUUUCUACGAAUCGGUCUGUGAACUGGGUCUGAAAUCCAGUUCCCGAAAGAUAUAAAGGCUCCACCCCCUGUAUCGAUUCUACAGUCAACACCACAAGUAACGCACUCUUACCAACUAUCUUACCAACUAGCCACCAUGAAGCUCGCUUUAUCUUUUGUUUUUGUUGCUAUUGCUUUGAUACAAAUCACGACGGCAGCACCCGUCGUCGACAAACGUGCGGAGAGGGAGCUCGAAGCUCGUUACCGCAAGGCUUAUGUUCUUGCCGAUGACUACUCUGAUGUCGAAGUUGUCGAGAAGCGCGCGGAGAACCUCGAAGCUCGUUACCGCAAGGCUUAUGUUCUUGCCGAAGACUACUCUGAUGUCGAAGUCGUCGAGAAGCGCGCGGAGAACCUCGAAGCUCGUUACCGCAAGGCUUAUGUUCUUGCCGAAGACUACUCUGAUGUCGAAGUCGUCGAGAAGCGCGCGGAGAACCUCGAAGCUCGUUACCGCAAGGCUUAUGUUCUUGCCGAAGACUAAUCUGAUGUCGAAGACGUCGACGAGCGCUCCCCCAAUUCUAAUGCUGAAGAUGUUUGAUGUCGACCCUCCGCUAUUUUUAAAUAAUUCUCGCAGCUAGCAUGAGGUCAAAACCUUGUGUUUGUGGGCCCCGGCAGCUAGUGAAGUUUGGCUUGCCUCAGUGCAAAUUAGUCUAGUUCAUGCGUUUAUCAAUUAUUAUCACUAUCACCUGCGCUCAUCUGAUC